AUUUCAUCACUGACACCUGACUUAUAAUUUCCAAACCAUAUCUAACUUCACAUUGCUAGGUAAGCCAAAAAACUAACUGAAACCAUAUUCAUCGCGAAACAUUACCUUAUUACCAAAUUUAUACUAAUAAGAAUUGGCUACUAGAAUGUUAUUCAGACUUUCUUUUAAAAAUUCAAAUAGAAUUAUUUCGGUUUUAACAAGAAGAUUAGUUUCUACGUCAAGCAGAAACAAUGACACCGUUUCAGCAAAUGUAUGUGCAAAAACUAAAGUAGAUAAAAAUUGGGUGAGUUAUGGUUACGAAUAUAACUCAAAGGAGGCAGACAGAACGGCCAUGCAUUCAAUAAUGUUUGCUUCUGUUACUUUGUGUUUGGUUGUUGGAGGAUUUUUCUUUGCUUACAUGCCAGACUAUUCACUACGAGAUUGGGCUCAGAGAGAGGCUUUCUUGGAACUUCGAAGAAGAGAACAAAAGGGUUUGCCUCUAAUUGACCCAAAUUUCAUUAACCCAUCUCAAAUGCAUCUCCCAUCAGAUUCAGAAAUUGGGGACAUGGAAAUUAUAGUUUAAAAUAUGUAUUGCUGAUUUUGUAAAUAGUAG